CUUGCCCCUCCUGGUAAAGGGCAACGGGGGCGGCUGCCCCUCCUGCCCCCCCAGUUCCGGCGUCCCUGAGUGGAACAACCGGCCCCAGACACACUGAAUAACGCAAUCGACCAGCCAUGCUCGAUCGAUGUAUCCAAUAUGGCGUCGUAUCGACUUCAAUCUUGCAUCUUUUGUUGGUCAUUUUUUCGCACUUCUUCAAGAAUUUCUGUCCGGCAAGGAGGAAUUUACAGAGUAUUUUGUCAAAGUACUGUACAGUUUGAUUUAACAGCACGACAACAUGGUAAAUUCCAUACAUAUCUAUGUUUGUGUAUAUUUUAGAAAUCAAUUUUAGGCAUUAAUUUGUGAAAGUUCUAAUAAUAUAUUUAAUAUUACACAUUGCAGUCGAUGGUUUGUGGAAUGGUGGACUGAUUAAACACAUGCACUGUAAACGCAUACAUACAUCUUGUAAGUACUGUAUGAACGUUGCUGUAUAACGUGUAAAACAAUAAUAAAAUAUUAGAAUGUCAUUUCAUGUUUAUAAUUUGUUUUUAACGUGGUGAUGCCCAAAUAUUAACAAAAUGAUGUUAAGGAACCAUCAACAAGUAGAUUUUGUCUUGCUUUGUGGACUUGUUCUGUGAAGAGGGGAGGGGGUAGCUCAGAAUCAAUGUUUAUUUAAAUUAAAUAAUGUAAACACAAGUCCACAAAGUGGGACGAAAAUCUAUUUGUUGGCUGUGAUGGUCAUUUCACUCCAAAAAUUCCGGACACUUUGUAAAAAUCCAGAAAAAUCACUAUUAUAAAAAACUCAGUGAAUUUUUGAAAAUCCAAAAAUCCUGUACUGAUACACAUUUCUGGAGUGAAAUACCUCGGGUUGACCUAACCCAUUAAUGUGUGCGGGCCUCCCCUUGACUAAUCUAAACAUCUAGUGUCAGAUUGUAAUAUAUAGUAAUGUAGUCUGCAAGCCUGAAAAUAAAUUUCCAAUGGUGCCUGACAAAGUGUCAGGUACCAACUGAUUGGUGCCUGACACUGGACAUUUUGUCCCUGACAAAAAUAUUAAAUGCAAUAUAGAGCAAAUAUAGCUUUUCGUGGUCAUUCAAAUAAAAAGAAGCCAAUGAAAAGCUUAUAGCAACAACAAUUAAGCCACUAGUCAAUUGUAUCAUACAGAAUCAAACUAUCAUAAAUUUCAUAGCAUUUUCACAGGCAUAAUUGUAUUGUCUUAAUAUUCAUACGCGAUGAAAUUUGGACAUAUACACAUAAUAUUUAAAUGUGUAAUGCAAAUAUGGCACGACUUAAUUUGGGACUUUAUUAGUCCUGUUGUCUGUGCCUUCAAUUUCUUAUUGUAAAACUAAUAAAAAAAAAUAAAUAAAUAAAAAAAAAACAACUUUAAAACAUUAUAAUGAAAUUUUUAAUGCCAGUUGUAGAAAGUUUCACCAAUAGUUGUAUUUAAUAUUAUUAUUAUAUGGCUUUUCAAAAUUCUCUAUUCUGAUUUGUUGACAAGCGGUCCGUAAAAACCCAUAUCCGGACCGUGGUACGUAUUUUCCGCAUCUGGACCGGUGUCCCGGAUGUCAUUUAUCUGGUGGGAAAUUUUUGCUUUGCAAACAGAAAAAAUUUUUGCUUUUUAAAUUUCCAAUUGCAUGUGCUUUACAGAUAAAAAUUUCAAACAACCAAAUUGUUUUUGAUUGAGCGUGCAUGCCUACUGUAGUGAAACUGACGAUAGCCGAUUUAAUUAAUUCGCGCGAAAAGCAUAUGCCCACAGACUCAGUUCAGCCAUAUAAUAAACCGAUUAUUGACCUCGCUUGUUCGGUCUGUACUGUGAAAUAUCAGACCUCUGUUUUUUGCAUGGACCUCGCUCCUUCGUUGCUCGGUCCAUACUAAAAAAACCUCGGUCUGAUAUUUCACAGUACAGACCUCACGCUCGGUCAAUAAGCCGUUAAUACUGUAUGCUACUGGACAAACUGUCUGCCAAAAACCCAGUUGUGCCGCCAAUUACCUUUUCGUACCAGACAAUGUCUGUGACCAGCUGCUUAUUUUCAGGCUUGUUUUACAUGUCACUAUCUUGGAAUUAAUGUUUUAUAAAUCUGGAAAUACCAUCAAUAAGGGAAAAUAUUGGACAUUGACAUUCGACCGCCUACCUUUAGAAAGAGUAAUUAAAAUCAUAAAAAAUGGACCAUGAUUGGUCAUUGCUGUUUAUAAAUUAACAUCAAUGUGUAUAAUAAACAGUAUUUAAAAAAAAACUUAGAUUCUCUGUGGCAGCACUUUCUUGCUAUAGUAACUUCUAGUAACCUGAGUAAGUCUGACUCAUAUCUGAUUUUAGCUAAAAUUGAUCAAAAAGAUUAUUACCAAGUCCUUGGGGUUUCAAAAUCAGCUUCCCAGAAAGAUAUUAAGAAAGCUUAUUUUGAUGUGAGUAUAUAGUGUAAGAAUUAUACAAGUUCUUUGUAGGUUUGCAUGGCAAUAAAGCAUAAUAUUUUGUUUAUGGAAACACCACGUAAAUUUAUUACUGCAAAGCUUUCAAUCCGUAAGCCCAGAUCUUCAGCAUUGCUAAUAAUAUGCAUACUAGGGCUUACAGAUCAAAAGCUUUGCAGUAAUUAAUUUAUGUGGUGUUUCCACAAACAAAAUAUUAUAAGAAUUAUACAGUAUUUAAUAAAGCAAUAUUUAAAGAGGGGAACAGUCCCUUGAACUGCACAUGUUUGUUUAACCCAUUGAGUGGCAGCACUCUGGCAUUAGACAGAGUAAAAUAAUAAAGUAGGGUGCAUCUGGGCGCAUUGCCACUUACCGUACAGGGUUAACAGGGUGCAUGGGCAGAUAGUCUGAUUAACCCAUUGAGUGGCAGCACAAAGGUAUCUUUUUGUGAUUUAAGGGGAAAAUAAAAAUAAAACUUUACCUAAGUUUAAAUCCCGGAGAUUUAAUAGAUCCCGGAGAUUUAACUUUACCAGAGUUUUAAUCCUGAGAUUUAAACUGCAUUUUGUGGAAUUCCGCGAUUUAAACUGAAUUCUGUGAUUUUUGGACGAUUCCGUGAAAUCACAGGAUUCCAGAAUGCCUGAUUAAAGUAACAACAGAGCAGCAGAUCAAGAUAUAGUUCUCCUUUGUAAUAUUAAACUGUGAUACGAUACAUAUUACAUAAUUUUUAUCUGGCGUAUUGUAAAGAGUACUUGUUUAAUUAACUUACAGCUUGCGAAGAAAUACCACCCUGAUACAAAUAAGUCUUCUAGUGCUGCUGCAAAAUUCCAAGAAAUUAGUGAAGCUUAUGAGGUAAGAAGAGACAAACACAAUUUACUUGCACCAGUCAAGGUGACUCAGGUCAAUGGAACAGUUGUUAUUGAGUAUGUAUGCCAAUCAGGCAUCGGUAGUUUUGUUAUGCAACUACAUCCACUUUUUAGGAGUAAAUAUCAAGGGUCCAAUUGUAUUGAAAUGUAGUUAAAGUGAGAGAAUUGUUAGAUUAUAUGAUAUAUUGUGAUGAUACAUUUAUAAUAUUGUUACAUGAA